AUGGAGAAUUCCCCACCACUAGCACCAGCAGCGGCAGCGCAGGCGACGCGGCCCGAUCCCGUCCACCGCCCAGAGGACCCCGCGACGAUGCGACCGCCGUCGCCGCCGCGCCCGCCUGUCGCGUUCCCGACGCUGGACUCGCUGGCGGCGUUCCUCCGGCCGCGGCUCCCUCCUGGGGCGCCUGCGUCCUGGGGCGCCGUGCCGGGGACCAAGACCCUGGCGAACCUGUUCCUGGAGCUCGCCGUGGGUGACUGCGCGCUGCACGCUCCCGCAGACGCUCGCCGUGGGUGCCGCGGCGCGCGGCUCGUGGAGACCCGGCAGCUGCUCUCCGACGGCACGGUCCGGCGGCGCGGUCUGCGGCCGCUGUCCGAGAAGAUGCGGCCCGGCGAGUCCCCCGAGGCCGCCGCGGCGCGGGCCGUCCGGGAGGAGCUCGGCGCCCGCGCCCGCGUCCGGAUCCUCGGCGGGGACGGCGCGCGCGUGGAGGAGCGGGAGUCCGCGUCCUACCCGGGCCUCCCCGCCCGCUACGUGCUCCACGCGGUCGACGCCAAGGUGGUGGACGGCGUGCCCGAGGACGGGGAGUUCGAGACCGAGGAGACCGGCGAGGACGACGGGGACGCCGGCGCCAUCACCGUGAAGCGCCACUACUGGGAUUGGAUCGACGACGACGACGACGACGGUGACAGUGAGCGCAAGGAGGUUGCUGCUGCCGGCGCGCUCGCGCACUAG